AUGACAUCGGCUGAGCUAGAGGUUUUGGAGUAUUUGAAUGGACACAAGGAUGAAGUGAAGGGGUUGAAGAUUGUGCGAGUGUCUGGAAGAGAGAUUCUGUAUUCCUCUUCCAAGGACAAGAAAGUUUUUAGCUGGGACCUGCAUAGCAAGAUUGAAUCUGAGUUUGGCAAGAUAUUGAAGCUGUAUGAAGGAGGGCAUUCCAAAAGGAUCAAUGGGCUUGAUGUAUCGAAAGAUGGAAGGAUGAUGGUGACUGUUGGGUCUGAUGGAAUAGGAAGGAUCUGGGACACGGAGGUUAAGAAGUCAAAGCGGCUUGAAGGGCAUACCAGGGAUGUACUGUGUGUAAGCAUUAACAGUAACGAUACAAAGAUAGUUAGCGGGUCUGUGGACAGGACUAUGAAUCUUUAUAACACAAGGGGAGAGCUUAUUGCAAAGAUGGGGAAAGAUACAGAGAAGAUGCACCGAGGAUGGAUCAAUUGUGUUGCAUUCCAUCCCAUUGAGGAGAAUGUUCUUGCAAGUGGGUCCACAGAUGGUACAGUGAAAAUAUGGGACCUUGAUUCUCAAGAGCACAUGCAGACAUACCUGGGAGGGGUCUAUGUUGAUUAUGAGAGGGCAAAGGAGAAGAAGGUGUUACCUGUUGAUUAUGAUGAAUCAAAGAGUGUCACUGCAAUGGCCUUUUCGAAGGAUGGGUCCAUCCUGACAUAUGGGGAGAAGAGCGGGAAAGUGUAUCUUGUGAAUCUCGACACUAAAGAGUGUAUUCAGAGCCUUGAUGCAAUUACUCCAGUCAGAUCCAUUGCUGUUGGCGAGGCCGAGCCUGUGAUUGCUCUAGGGACUGAUGAUUCCGUAAUCAUCUGGGAAACUAUCAACUCAAGGGUUAUUGCGAGCCACAACCUUAAGGAGAUUGGAAAUGGAGUACGAUGCCUGUCCCUAGCGUUUUCUGGAAAUGCUCUUUAUUGCGGGCUAUCUACUGGAUCCAUUAUUCUACUGGAGCUUAGAAAAUCGGAUUAA